AUGGCUUCCAAGUCAUCCUUCCUCCCGCGACUUGGUCUCUUGAGUGAUACGUCGUCACCGUGGAUCAGCCCUCCCAGGACCUCGAAUAACAAGCUGCGAACCAAACGGAGCGAGUAUGACCUCGACGACAUGUCGCCACGCUUAAACCCCGUAACAUCGCCGCUACGUGAUCAAACCCCCAACUCGCAUACCGAUAAUCUAAUGCCGAGCCCGCCGCCUCCCGACACGCCCCCAAAGGACGGCAGAACCGACGUCAUGUUCAACGGCCCGCCGCCCCCCAUCUUUUCCGCAGGGCCGAGGAAAGCACAACACGCGGGAGAAGCGCAGUCUGCCGCCGCGGCCGCAACCUCGGCGCUGUAUGGACUGGGUAGCGCCCUGUUCAGCCGCCGAGGCUCCGGCGCCGGCUCCGUGUCCUCCAAGACGCACGACAACACCCCGCGGCUCGAGCAGGACACGAUGUGGCAGAGCUUCCAGCGGCGCGAGCGUGCGCUCCAGCGCGACGCGCAGCGCCUGCUCGACCUCCAGGCCAGCGGGCUGUCGGCCGGCCUCGGCCACCCCCCAAGCAGCGACCACCACCCGCCCAGCAGUGGCAGCAGUUCGCCGGCCGCAAGCCGUGGCCGCGGCGGCGGAGGGGGCACCGUCUCGCAGUCCCGGCUCAGCAUCCUCGACCCGCCGACCCAGGCAAACGACCACGGGCAGGUGAUGCCGGUGCGCCAGCCGCGCAGCAAGCCCGUGGGGCUGCGCGGGGCGCGCGCGGGCCUAGGUCGCACCCUGACGCUGCUCGCCGACCUGCGGGCCGAGGAAGACGCGUGCCUGGCGUCGGCGCUGGGGCAGCGCAAGAGCGCGCUCGUCAAGGUGCGCAAGAUGAACACGAGGAGGGAGGGGCUUCUGGACGAGCUCAGGGCGCUCGAGUCGGAUGAGGAGGAGCCGCUGGCCCGGGAGCUGAGGGACCUGCAGGAUGAGCACGGCGCCGUGUGUCGGCAGAUAGAGGAUCUGGAGGAAAAGUUGGUUGUGUUGAAGAACAGGCAGCGGCGCAUGGAGGACGACAUGUCGACGUUGGUGAACCGGCGCGAGGCUGGUCUCAGUGGCUACCGUGGAGCUCUCAAGGAGGUUGAUGCAAAAUUGGCGGACGUGCUGUCACGGCCGCCCGUUAAACCCCUGGACGUCUCGGUAUUCAAAGAAUCCGCCCGUGGUGUAUCGCCUUCCGGGUUGGAGUUUCUGAGCUUGAAUCCCGAGCGGAGAACAGCGAGUAUGGCGAUGGAAUGGUGGGACAAGGAGAUACUGAUCCUGGAGCGACGGAAGAAAGCGGUCGACAAGGAGCGGGUUGCUCUGGAAGAAGGCGCCGAGGUUUGGGCGGCGGCCACGAAGCUGAUUACUGCCUUUGAAUCCGAGUUGCGCGCCAACAUCACGGCUGGGGAGCAUGGUUCCGAUCAAAAGACAUCUCAGGAGGAAAAGCUACGAAUGCAACUGGCUAAAAUGGAGGUCGUUAUCAACGGCCUCGAAGACCAUUUGCAGUAUGUGGAGCAGAAGGGAUGGAACCUGCUAAUCUGUGCUAUAGGGGCGGAGCUCGAGGCCUUUAGGGAAGCGUAUCUGGUUCUGCGCAGCGCAAUGGCCGACAUUGGUAUCGAGAUAGACGAUGACGCUACACCCCGCCUUGCACGGUCGACUGCAGAAACUAAGCCCACAGAGGCAGAUGGGAGCUCCAAGGAUAAAGGCAAGCAAAAGGAAUCAGAUGACCGGGGCACAUUGUUGGACCUGGAAGCCCAAGACGCAGACGAAGACGACAACGCAGUGCCGCAUGACCUUUUGGUAGACAGCAGCCAGGACGACGAGAGAAAGGAGACACAACGCCCCUCUAGGAGAGAAGCCAGUACCAGUCUGCAAAGGGAGGAGAGCGAUAAUGAGAUACCCCCUGAGUUCCUCAGAGAGCAUCAGGAUUAG